AAAUUCCCCAUUUUUUGCUACCCGGUUACGGCAUCUCCAGACAGAGUCCUGGUGGUCACCACAUGUGCGCGUAACGAGACCGCGUCAUCCUCCGGUCCGCUUUCCUUUUUUUUGUACAUAGACUUUUCCGUAUGCCUUUUCUUGGCCAAUUGCAGUCUGGGGAAAAUACUUUCCAACCAAUACAAUUUUAGAAAUUCCUUCCAACCCUGAAUUGCAAGGCCCAUAUACCACCUCAUGAAAAUCUUAAACUUUAGUCUUCUCCGAACAGUUCACAGAUUCGUCUCGUAAACUUGGUGAUAAAAUUUUCUUAUAAAUGAAAAAGAUCUUUAAAUUCAUUAAGAGAACGUUUUUCUUUCAAUCUCGAAAAUUUCAACGAAAAUGCUUUUGAAACCCCAAUUUUAUGAAACUGCCGAUCUUUUCUUCUAAUACGUUAUUACCACAGUGAACAGUUCAUUAUUAUAGAGUGACUUAUUAUGGAUUUUUGUGAGUGAUAUUAUUGGGAAGCUGAGAAUUAUACUGGACGCUGUAGCGGAACAACGCAGGUAAAUAAAAAUUUCCUCCAUCAUUCGGGUAAAAAAGAUAACAAUGAGUUCUGAAGUAGAGUUUUUAGACAUCCCGCAAGUAGAUUCCUUUCAAUUCCCUUUAAUUUUUCUCAAGUUUGACAUAUUUUAGGAUUUUUCAUUUCUUUGUUCAUUCGGUUUUUCCAGAAGAGAAUGUUGUUCAGCUCGAGAAACAAUAAAGCCUGAAAACAUACAUAAUUUUUUUUUCUCCGAAUAUUUUGCUUUAUUUCAAACAUAAUUUUGCCACGGUUUCAGUUCUAUUAUCGACAAUUUGGAAGGCUAGAAUUCGAUUUUUUCUUAAAAAUUAUUUUUCCGUUGAAGACAAAAAAAAACCAUAGGUACAGUCCAACCUCUACGCGAGAUACGCCAGAGACUGUAGAAUUCCCAGAACUUGUCUUUUAUUUCGCCACUACUCUGUCGAGAGGAAAGGGGGGACAAUAUUGUAGCCCAAGUGGAUCUUUUCAUCAUGAAAAAAAGACUGCUUUUGUUGUAAUCUUGUAGUGAUUCCCAGUCCGAAUACAUCAUAGGUGCCGGGAGUCAUAGAAAUUCAUUUAGCCGAAGAAAAAAAAAUUGAUUUGUUCUGAGGUAUUGAUAUCCUGUACUCACCGGCGAUAUAUACAGUCCUUAAUUAGUCAUCACACUCUUAUAUGGUUCCCGCGUAGUGUAUAACGUAUGAAAUACAAUGAGACACCCUGUACAGAGCCCGUGAAUGUAACUAUCGCAGCUUCAUCUAAUGUAGAGAUUGGACUGUUAGUACACCGAAUUAAUAAACAUUGAAAUCUAUAUUUGUUUCCUUUAGGCAUCAUAAUGUUCCAGUGCAGGUUCUGCGAUUACUCGACAAAUAAAUUCCGGGACUUUUCAAGCCACAGAAAAUUACAUGCAAGUUUGAAUGGCAAUUUCUUCUGUGGAUAUAAUCGAAAUUCCAUUGAUAUCAGUCAUAUUUCGACUCAUCGUUCUUCAUUUUCAAGAAAAAGAAGAUGAGUUAUUUCGAUUUGAAGAAGAGAACUUGACGGAUGAACAACUCCUGGAAAACAUUCCGAACCUCACUCCUGUUCUUGUCAUAAAAGGGCGAUCACUUUAUGACGAGACUGCAACACACGCAGUGGCACUGGACAAGAAAAUCUUGAUCCCAGUGAACGGAGUUCUUGAUGGAAUUUUAUUGCUGUUCUCCCUUUACUACGUUUUCAGAGUUCUGUACCCAGACACACUCUCCCGUACUUUGGAAUUCAUUCAGAGAUGUUUGCUCAGAAUGAAUCCCAAAACUGGACACAAGAGAGCAUCAAAAAAACAGAAGGCAACGCCUUUUGACCUGAAAGUCAAGAAAUUCAUCGAUGGACUCCAGCAAUAUAUAGAACAUCCCUAAAAGCAUGAAGCUCACCAUAUCAGCAUAUUUUGAACGGAGGAAAUUAAAAUGGGAAAUCAAUGAAUUAUGCUGAAAAAAUUCUUGCUAGAUCUUUGCUAGGGAUAGUUUGAGUGCCAUUAUUAUUUCGACUAAUUUCAGUCAGAUUCAUGAUGAAUUUAUGUGCAAUUUCCAUUUAACAAAAAUAAUUAUGAAACAUUAUGAAAUAAUUUAAUGACUUUUCCGAAUAUUAAUGGAUUGAUUUUACUUUCUCAAUACUUUUUCUUAAUAAAUUUAUUGGUGUUGAUCGUGAGAA